AUGGUUGUCUUGGUCCUCACAGUGCUUGAGGAAAUGCUGUUCUAUGGCAGCUUCCACGCCUCACAGUCUUGGCAGGUUCGCCUCUUCGUCACCCAGGCCUUGUAUGGCAUCGUUCACAUCCCCUUUGCAGUGCCACCGCAUGUUGCCACGAUCCUGCUGAUGCAACAUGAUCUCGAGAGACUUGGCUCCAGACGAGAAAUCAUCGCACGCCCUGAGAAUUGCACAGAAGACUCCAUACUGGACUUUGUCGGGGAUAUCGAAGGUGUGGAGAG